ACACAGGGAAAGAUCUCACGCUGCGAUACUCUCAAAAGUCAAUUUCCAUGAGGCUGUACGCACUCGUCUGGGCCUCAAUCGCCGUUGUCUUGGCCGUCGUAUUUAGAGCAUGGUGGAUACCGUCGCCGUCAUCGCCGGUUGCGGACUUGGUGUUGAGGAAUGCGGUGAUAUUCACGAGCGAUGACUCUCUCCCUUUUGCCGACUCCAUGGCGGUUCGAAACGGCAGGAUUCUUCGCAUUGGCAACCAUUCCUUCGUUAAGGAAGUGGCAGGAUAUGGGACUAAACACUUGCAUCUCGGAGGAAAGGUUGUGGUUCCUGGAUUUGUAGAUUCCCAUGUGCACUUGAUUUUUGGUGGACUCCAGAGCAUGCGGGUGGACCUGCGGGGUGUAAAUCGGCAAGAUGAGUUUGCGAGAAGGGUCAAGGAAGCAGCGAUUAAUGCAAAAGAAGGUUCUUGGAUUUUGGGCGGUGGAUGGAAUAAUGAUCUAUGGGGAGGAGAGUUGCCAGUGGCGUCUUGGGUCGAUCAUAUUACACCUUACAAUCCUGUUUGGUUGUCAAGGAUGGAUGGUCAUAUGGGCUUGGCUAAUUCAGUGGCGCUAAAGUUGUCUGGAAUUAGUAAUCUAUCAGAAGAUCCUGAAGGUGGAACUAUCAUGAGAACUGCAGGUGGAGAGCCUACUGGAUUGCUGAUUGAUUCUGCUAUGAAACUUCUCCUACCUUGGAUUCCCGAGGUCUCUGUAAAUGAAAGGAGGGAAGCUUUCCAUAGAGCAAGCAAUCUUGCCUUGAUGAGGGGUGUGACAACAGUUGUUGAUUUUGGGAGAUAUUUUCCUGGGGUGUCACCGGAGCUUUCUUGGGAAGAUUUUGCAGAUGUAUAUCAAUGGGCUGAUGCUACUGGGAAGAUGAUGAUCAGGGUUUGCUUAUUUUUCCCAUUGGAAACAUGGACACGUCUUCUUGAUCUAAUUGGAAAAAUGGGCCGCAUCAUAAGCCAGUGGAUUUACUUGGGUGGUGUAAAGGCUUUUGCUGAUGGGUCUGUAGGUUCUAAUAGCGCACUGUUUUAUGAGCCGUAUGUUGAUGAGCCUCACAAUUAUGGCCUGCAAGUGACAGCAAUCGAAACUCUUUUCAACAUGACUCUAUCAUCAGAUAAAUCAGGCCUACAGGUCUUUCCUUUUCUUGCAAAAACCACCAUAUAUGUAUUUGUAGUAAUUGGCUUUACCUUCUUUCAGGUUGCUAUUCAUGCUAUAGGUGAUAGGGCAAACGACUUGAUCCUGGAUAUGUAUGAGUUAGUUGUUUCUACAAAUGGAAUGAGGGAUCGAAGAUUUAGGAUUGAGCAUGCCCAGCAUUUGGCACCUGGGGCUACUGCUCGAUUUGGUCGACUAGGGAUUGUUGCUUCAGCACAGCCAGACCACUUGUUAGAUGAUGCCGAUUCUGCUACAAGAAAACUUGGUAUAGACAGGGCUCAAAAGGGAUCUUAUCUGUUCCGGUCACUUUUAGCCAGCAAUGUGCAGUUGGCAUUUGGUUCUGACUGGCCUGUUGUAGAUAUUAAUCCUUUAGGUGGGGUCAGAACAGCUAUGAAGAGAAUACCUCCUGCUUGGAAUGAUGCUUGGAUUCCAUCAGAGUGCCUUACACUGAAUGAUGCAUUAAAGGCGUACACAAUUUCAGCUGCUCGUGCAUGCUUUCUUGACAAGGAGUUGGGAUCUUUAUCUCCUGGGAAACUCGCAGAUUUUGUCAUACUAUCUACUGAUUCGUGGGAUCACUUCGCUGCAGAAGGGUCUGCAUCUGUUGAGGCAACGUAUGUUGCUGGGCUACAGGUGUAUCCUUAGGUUGGAAAAGGACCGAUUCAUUGCUUUCCGGCCACUUCUAGUCCACAUGAAUUGCCGCACAGGUACACUCUGGUUGUCGAUUUUCAAGAUACAACAAGAAUUGACGCCUAGUUUUUUUCCGGAGACAUGCACCUCAUCUUGUAUCUUCAAUUGUGAUAUAAUGUGAACUUGCUUGACUAGAAAAAAGAGUAAACUCUAUAUUUCUAGCAAAAACAAUACCAGACUUUAUUACUUAAGGUUCAAAGA